AAAAUUGAAGUUGUAGCACUUAUGGCCCAAUUAGGUUGUUAUGUACCUUUUUCAGAAGCUUCUUUAACUAUCUUUGAUUCUGUUUUUGCUAGAGUUGAUGUAGGUGAUAGUCAAACUGAAGGGAUUUCAACUGUUAUGGCUGAGAUGUUCAAAACUGCUGUGAUCCUCAAGUUGGCUACAAAGAAUUUGUUGACUAUUAUAGAUGAGUUUGAUAGGGGCCCAUUAACCUAUGAUGGAUUUGUAUUAGCAUAG